AAAAAGGCCGGUCAGCUCCACAGGAACACCACACGCGCUCGUGCGGUGCAUCCGGGUAAGCUGCCUGUCUAGGGAUUUCUGCCGCCUAACGAGGAGACGCUUCAGGUAAACGGCUUGUUUCACGCCGGGACAUCUCUGGAAAACCUGGAUUCACUGAGUUCCUGAGCCGCAGCGGCGCUAGUUUUGGCAAUUUUAACGGACUUAUCAAACUCCCAUCAGUAGUCCAUCUCCAUGGAUUUUAUUUUUACAUGUGUUGCUUCACCUAAAGGAACCACAUGAAACCCGGAACCCAGCUGUCAUGGAGGUUAAACCGGACUCCAACUCUUCAGGAUUCAACUCCAACGUCAACAGCAGCACCAUGGUACCCGAAGUGGACUGCCCGUAUAACAGUGUUCCUUCGAACCCCAUCAUUGCGAGCCUCACGAUGACUCUGGGCAUCCUGUUCAAUGUGGUGGCCCUCAUCAUUCUCAUCAAGGCCUACACCCGCUUCCGGCGGCGGUCCAAAGCGACAUUCCUGCUCUUCGCCAGCUCCCUCGUCGUCACGGACCUCACGGGACACGUGGUUUCCGGGGGACUGGUGCUGAGGAGAUACUCCACGGCCAAUCUGACGUCCCUGGACGGUCCGAGAGACCCAGACAGCCCAUGUCAGUUUCUGGGAGGGUGCAUGGUAUUCUUCGGGCUGUGCCCGCUCUUCCUGGGCUGUGCGAUGGCUGCCGAGCGAUGCCUCGGCGUCACCAAGCCUCUGUUGCACGCUCGGCUGGUGACAACAGCGCGGACCAAAAUAGCCCUUUCUAUGAUCUGGUUCCUGGCUCUAUGCGUGGCCCUGCUGCCCGUUUUCCAACUAGGGGACUACACUUACCAGUACCCUGGUACUUGGUGCUUUAUUAAGGUGAUGGACACAAAUGCCAAAGAUCUGACCUUCGUGAUGCUGUUCUCUGGACUGGCUUUGAGCUCUCUUGGGCUGGCCUUCAUCUGCAACACCAUCAGUGGGAUGACGCUCAUUAGAGCCCGGCUAAAGAAGAAUUCCUAUUCCCAGAGGUUCUCUGCUAGGUCUCAUGACACAGAGAUGGUGGUCCAGCUGGUUGGCAUCAUGGUCACCUCCUGCAUCUGCUGGAGCCCUCUGCUGGUCUUUUCGUUGAUGUCAGCUGCACGUUCUUACACCAAGCCCUCCCUGGGCGAGGAACUCACCUGCACUUACAGCAAACUCAUGAUGACUGGCGUAAGAAUGGCCACCUUUAAUCAAAUCUUGGACCCCUGGGUCUACAUCCUGCUGAGACGGGCCAUCCUCCGAAAAAUCUACCGCAUCACCAAAAAGCAGGCCAGCUUCAAGGGGAGCACCUUUCGCUCCGGCCGUUGGGAUGUUAGCUCCCUCCAGAAGCCGGACAGUAUGCCGGUGAAAAAUACUUAACAAGAGACUAAUGAAACAGUCAUAAAGUCUGCCUCCCUUGGUUUCUUUGUGUGCAAAGAAGACCAAAAAAUGGCUAAAAUACAUAGGUUUCCUAUGUAUGAGCAUAUAUACCACACAAAAAAGAGGACUGAAUGAAAACUGCUACUGGUUUAUUACAGUGCAAUGGCAGCCUCUCCUUCCUGAAAGCACAAAUACAAAGGGGCUUAAAAGUCUGGAAAUCUUUUGAUGUUCAAUUACAUAUUUUCAGAUUAAUGCCAGAUGGUUCCCGUGAUCUAAACUUCGAGUUGUGACUGAGUUUCUUGUGUUUGUAAACAGGAAAGACCGAUCUUCUUGAUGCAAUGUGCCGAAGUGCAAUAUUCAACUAACAAAGAAGAUUUCUAAAGAUUUGAAGACAAGAGCACCAGAGUUGGUACUUCCAGUAGCUCAGACAGAGAAGAAAAAAAAUCCCCAUGGUUGAUAUUACUACCUUUAAAUGGUUAGCAAAUGAAGAUCCCUUCCAGAAACAGAAAGCGAUGUCACCAAGACAUCUCUCACACUAGCUGUGUUGUAACUCACGAGCAAUGAUCCUGCUCACGGUGGGCUUAUGGAGAUUGAUCUAUGAAGUAGUGAGAAAACAUUUAGAAAUAUGUUUUGUGGACAUAUUAAACAAAACCAGCACUUAUUUUUAGUCUCAAUGAGCAACAGGUAGAAAAAAUUAAGAAAUUAGGUCUACAUAUGAGGUCAAAACUGCGAAAACAGCCCAAUUUUCUUUAACAUAAUCCCAGGUCCAAAGUGGAUUGAUUUAAUUCAACCGGCUUGGGUUGUUUGGUUUUCCACUCAAAAAAGAAAGGGUUAAAGUGAACAAGCUGUAGUUUUGAAGAAGGAAUAAAAGAAAGCAUAACCAAGAGUCAAGAAAGGUUGAAUUUUGGGGUUGAACAGGUGGGUGGACUGGUUAUUCCAGGGGUCAAUGAGCAAGAGGCAAAAUACCACUUGGGAAGGUAACCACCCUGUAAUAAAGCAACAUGAAGUUGAGCAAGACAAACAGCAAUGCACCCACACAUGCAAUGCACAUUUUUAAAUGGUAGGAGGAAGCCAGAGUACUCAAAGAAAAGCUAAACAUAGAUAAGGGGAGUUAAAACAAAAACCUAAUGAUGUCCAAUAUGAUUUUUUUUUUUUUUUGGCAGAAACAAUAAUUUACAAAUAUUCAUGUUCGGUAUAGAACACUGUUUAAAAUAUUGUGUGUUCAUAACAAGCUUAUGACCAUUUCUUUGGGCAAACUGUCUGUGCUGACCCUAGCUAGCAUUAGCUAUUAGCACGUAAACAACACUGUCCCAACAGCAUAGAAGCAGCAUUUGAGGUAACAAAAAAGCCCAGCAGUGCGUGUGUGUGUGUGUGUGUGUGUGUGUGUGUGUGUGUGUGUGUGUGUGUGUGUGUGUGUGUGUGUGUGUGUGUAAAACUAUCUGCAAAUUGUGUCUGUGGUCUUAUAAUUUUUCUGUCCUGUUUUUCAAAACUGAGCUAAGAAUCUUAGCUUAAACUCGCUUAGUCAAAGAUGUUUUUUCACGUUCGGAAGAAUCAUUAGCUCUGGCUUGUACCAGCGAAAUGUUUGGAAAUCCUACUUGGCAAAAAUCUGAAGAGCAUGUUGAUCACCUUUAAACACAAUGAACGUAAGCAUUGAAAGCUAAAUUGAAGAUGAAUGUUUUAACAAGUAAUGCUAAUGCUGAAGAAGGGAAAAACUUGGAGAGAUUUGGAAAGCCAGAGAAAUCCGGGAACUAAAGCUAUUCUGCUCAGAGAAAGGGAAUAAACACUUAAUACUGAAUCUAUUUACUUAGCAUAAAAAGCACCCUAUAUAUUUUUUGGCACCCCUGGUAAAGAUGUUUAAACACUUUCAAAUAAAUUUAUUGCAUCAGCUGAUCCCAAAAAGAAAAUUGAAAAAAAAAAAAAAAGCAGAUUGUAUUUGAACAUAUUUACGAUGUUUAAGAGGAAAAUCCUGUAAUAAUAAUUAUUUUCCACAAAAUUAUAGAUUUCACAGUUAAUGGUUCCUCUAACUCUCAAAUAAAACAGAAGCGUUUAUGCAUGAUGUGGAGCAGAGGCAGAUUAUUUUUAAUCCCACCACAAAAAGAGGUGAAAGAAAUCUUCAAAACUCACUGCUAAAGAACUGCAACAAACAGCAGAGUCUCCAUAGCAACUGCGAGAGGCUACACACAUUUUUGGAGGAUACAGUAGAGGAUCUGUAAUGCUGUGGGCCUGUUUCUCUUUCAAAGACUCUAAGAAUUUGAGGAUUUAACACAUCUUUACCGUAAAUAAUAAUAAUAAAUGAAAUUUAUGUAGCGUUUUUUAAGAUGUGAGGGGUGAUGUAUAUUCACACUUAAAAAUACUUGUACUCUAUUGUCUGUAAGUUUGUUUCUCAUUCUAAGAACAUACCUAAUGCUUAAUAUUUUUAAAGGAUGUAAAAAUGUUUAAGUAUCACUGUAAAUAGAAACCAUUUUGUCUGAACUUUAAUAUAUUUGUAUUUGUUUUUGAAGUAAGACUUCCAAAAGUCUUAGAGAGAACAUCUCAGUGUAAAUAGUGGUUUGUUUGUGCGACUCUGUAAAAGUCAGCGACUUGUCUCAGUGUUCACAUGAGAGUAAAAGGAUCAGCUUUUACCUCAGCAUGAAGAUGUGAAAAUUACAACGUGUGUAGCCCGUGUAGUCCUGUGACAGGAAUGUAGUGAAUGUAAGUAUUGUGCAUCUGCUUUCCCCAUAAGUCUGGAGCGGUGAAGUGAAGCUGACUGAAUGUGAUGCUGUUUAAAAAAAAGAAUGUAAAACUGCUUAUUAAAAGUGAUUUCUUCUA